CCAGGGCUGCUUGAAGUUCAGCAUGUCUAUAUUAAAUCUAUGUAAUUGUACUUUACUGAACUGAACCAUCAUAAUGGUAUCUUAGCACACUACUACAGUAAGAAAGAGGAACUGUUACUUGCCUCAUAUGACCACAAAAACAGCAAGGAAAUGUUUCAGUCAUCUCAGCAGCACAAGACUUCAACACAAUGAAAAGCCUCUGGAUUCUUGUACUCACUUUAUUUUCUGGAAGCCAAAGCAUAACAGUGGAAAAGUCAAUACAAGGAUAUAUCGGCCAAACAAUGGAAAUAUCCUGCGUUUAUGGUCCUGCUUAUAAAAAUUAUGCAAAAUACUGGUGUAAAGGAUAUUACAGGAUCUCCUGUAGCAUAUUAGUUGAAACACCUAAUUCCAAUUCUGCUGAUAAUGGAAGAAUAAUAAUUACAGACAAUGAACUCAUAGCGAAAGUCGUUAUAAAACCAUUAAGUCUAGAAGAUGCAGGCUGGUACUGGUGUGGAAUUGAAAUCACUGGCAGCGACAUAAUGGACUAUACUGAGAUGAAGGUGUCAGAAAAAACAUCAGAGGACUCACACAGCGAAGGUAUUAUUAUAGGAACUGGCAUAGCUGGAGGAUUGUUGUUGCUAGGUCUGUUUGUGGCUAUCAUGAUGAGAAGAAGAAUUAAGCAACACACAUUACCCGACAAAAUACAACUAUCUUCAAAAGAACAAACAAGAAUUAAUUUUAAAAAUGAUAAUAAUAAGAAUUCAAAGGACAUGUCUUCUGACAUUCAGACUACUGACCAGAAACAGAAAGAAGUGAUAUAUAUGGAAGCAGUGCUAAAACCUACAACAAAUACAGUUAAUCAAGAAAUUUUUUCCAGCCAAUCUGUAGAGUAUUCUGACAUAAAGUUUUAAUAAUUCUUGUUUGCAGUAUUUAUUUCCAUAAUUAAUGUAAUUUUUACUAUUAUUUUCAUCAGUAACAGCAAUGCAUUUAUUAAAAAAACCUGCGGUUUAUUUCACAUGGAAAAUCAAACAGCAGAACCAUUAAGAUGAAAACUGAAAUGUUGAAAGAAGGCCAUUAAAUCUUUAACAUAAGCUAACAUUUAGCAUUGACUUAAGUUGUAAACCUUCUGUUCUCUUUGUUGUAGAAACUUAUAUUGCUUUUAAAACAAAGUAUAGUAACAAAGGCAAAGUUAAUCUGCAUUAACAUAACUAUGGUAAUGUAAAAUGUAGUUCUUAAACAAACUUUAUAGUUAUGUAUUUGCUUUCCUGGCAAGAGAACUGAUGCUCACUGUCCUUUUUUGACAUAGUACAAAAUAUAUGGUAUAUAAACA